UUGUUUCCCCUCCUCCCAUCUCGACCGUCUGUCUGUCGCUCGACACGGCCCUCUUGUCCUGAACCUGAACAUCUUGACGUUGCUCUGUCUGCUCUCUCCGGCUCGACUCGACUCGACUCCUCUCGACUCGACCAGACCGACCUCAGCUGCAGCGCCUUUUCUGUCAGAUUCGAACGACCCCAUUUCCGUGAUCACUCGCCACUCACGGAGACCUUGACUGGUUCAUCGCGGUCGGACAAGCGUGGCUGCAAAGAGAUAAACCGAAGUUACCGUGAAGCGGGAAUCAGAGGAUUCUCAGUCGGCUUCACCUCAAAGCUCCUCUCUCUCGGGGGACUGUUCGCAGCCCAACCAAGUCCGAUAUAUCAUCCGCCCCCCUAAAAGUGACGCAGAGACGUGACGAGCCUGUGCGAAUUACGCUGCUGUUGUCCUCUCCUUUCUGUCGUUGCCGAGAGCAAUCUGCGUCUCCGAACUGUUUGGUGAACUACAACCACCAAUCUGUAUUCGCCGUUCUUCCUUCGUUUUUGUGCUCGCAGACAUAGACUUCCCUUUCCCGUAGGGAGCAUCACCAAGCGCCACAAAGAAAGCCCCGGUUCCUUGGAACAGUCAAAGAAAAUGGUUGCCGUUACGCCCGCUUCAGCUAAACAAGAUCCCAACCAGUGGAAGAAAAACCUUUCGGCCCACGUCAUCUGCCCAGAAUGCAAGGAAGUGCCUCCUAAUUUGGAGUUCCCGGGGUCCCAUGAAACUGUGUGUGGCUCUUGUGGGUUAGUGCUUGCUGAUCGAGAGAUUGACAUGCACUCCGAAUGGCGGACCUUUUCCAACGAUGACCAGAACAACGACGACCCGUCUCGUGUCGGAGACGCUUCCAAUCCUUUGCUGAAUGGAGAUCAGCUGGAAACCCAAAUUGCCAGCGGAGGAUCGGGCCGUGUCCGAGAUCUGUAUCGUGCCCAGAACAAGCAAUCGAGCGAAAAGGCCAACAAGUCGCUCCUUGCCGCUUACAAGGAGAUCGGUGCCCUAUGCGAUGGGUUCAGCAUCCAGAAGAACGUGGCCGACACCGCCAAGUACCUCUUCAAGAUCGUCGACGAUGCUAAGGCCUUCAAAGGCAAGUCUCAGGACGUGAUCAUCGCAGGCUGCAUCUUCAUCGCCUGUCGUCAAUGCAAAGUCCCGCGUACCUUUACGGAAAUUUUUGCCGUCACGAAGGUCUCGAGGAAGGAGAUUGGAAGAAUCUACAAGGCAUUAGAAAAAUUCUUCACGGCACAAAACUUGGAGAGACACAACAACGUUGUGUCGAACGGAGGUGUUCCCGACCCCAACGAUACUUACACCGCGACUACGUCCACCAAACCCAGCGACCUGUGCAACCGAUUCUGCAACCUCCUGGGUCUGCCAUACCCGGUUGUCAGUACUUCAUCCGCCUUGUCUGAUCGGGUCACGACAAUGGGAGAUCUGGCCGGCCGUUCUCCCUUGUCGAUUGUCGCCGCCUGUAUUUACAUGGCUGCCCACCUGAUGGGUGAGGGAAGAUCUGCCAAGGAGAUUGCUGGAGUGGCCCAUGUCAGCGACGGAACUAUUCGCGGGGCCUAUAAACAACUUUACGCCGAACGCGAGCGUUUGAUUGAUCCCGAAUGGAUCAAGAAUGGAAAGGGCGAUCUGAAGAAUCUGCCCCCCAGCUAAGAUAUCCUACUAUAAUGUUUUUUGUUUACUUUCUACAAUCUUUGCCGUCUUUGCAUCCCAUUCGAUUGUCGAUGCUUUGUCUAAACCAUAACAAGAUUGCUUUUCUUUUCAUCCCUUUUCCUGUUCUUUCUGCCAUGUUGAAAAAUUGCAUUGCGUUGAUUCUUUUUUGACCAGUAAUUUAGACUUCUAUAUUCUCUUGUUUCUUUUUAACAAGCUCAUGAUACCCAAUCAUUGAAAAUCAAGACCAAAAAAAAGGCUAUAACGAAGAAGAAAAAACAAAAUAAAACAAGCAAACCUUUCAAAAAAUAAUGAAGCCAUUCAAAGUGUGCUAAAAUCAUUUAUUCGCGGUGCCUUCUCUUUUAAGCCGGUCUGAACCAAAUCGACCAUAUAUACUUACUUUCCUUUCUUUCUUCGAUUCCAUUUUCAUUGAUUUCCAAGAUUGCCUGCCUGCUUGCUUGGUUUUCCUUGUCUGCAAUUGAAUUCUGAUUCGAAUUCACUAGUUUACCUGCUAGUUCAUUAAGUUAGUUGGCCAAUCCAGUUGU